ACCGUUGAAGAAAGCUGUGUGUCACAGUUCAAGGUUUAUCGCGUUUUUUCACCUGAAGAAGAGAUACAAAUAUCUGUAUUCUGAUGGUUUGAUGAAGAAGACAUACAAAUAUCAGUAAGAAAGCUCCCAGCUUAAGAAGAGGUAAUUUUUAUCCAGGUUUUAGGCUAGAAAUAAGCUAAAUGUUUUGGCAAUAUUUCCUGAUUAGUCUUUGAAGUCAAAAUCAUGUCUGCUGCUUCUGAAAACCUGUGUCCAAAUUGUGGGAAUGAAUUACAAGCUGUCCCAAACUUAGAAGAUGAUCUGCAGUAUGAUUGUAUCAUGUGUGGGUACAGAUAUGCUUAUCUUCCAGCUGCACCACAUGAACAAGAAGUAAAAUUAGUAGCAAAAUCAAUGUAUUGUACUAUUUGUGAAAAACAUUUCAGUCAAUCCAGUGCUUUAAAAAGGCAUAUGAUUGUUCACUCUGGAGAACGACCAUUCUGCUGUGAACAAUGUGAUAAAAGCUUCAAGACAAAAGCUGCAUUAAAAAGGCACACUAUUAUCCAUACAGGGGAAUGCCCGUAUGAGUGCAGUACUUGUAAAAGAAGAUUUAAUCAAAUUAGCAAUUUAAGAAAACAUUUAGUAAUUCACAAUAAUAACUGUCCAUAUUACUGUAAUGUUUGUGGUAAAGGAUUUAAUCAACUUAGUAAUCUAAAAAAACAUAUGAUUGUGCAUCGAGAACAUAAAGCACCCCCAGAACAAGGUAAAAAACCUGAGCAUUCAGUUAUUCCAAAAGGCUUAGAAAAGACAGUGACACGACCAGUUCUUACUUUUAUUAAACCUGCUGAAGCCUAGUAUUGACCAUAAUUGUAUAUAUAGAGAGAGGUUUUUGCAGUUAGUUUUUUCCAAUAUAUACUACAUUUUCCCGUGUAUAAGCUGUACCCUUCAUUUUACCUAUAAUUAAAAAAUAUAUAUCAGGUAUAAGGCACACAUAGCCUGCAUACCAUCUAGGAUAUGUUUUUAAAAAAAAAUUUUUUUUAUUUUAAAAGAGUAGAAGCAGCUUAAAAGAAAACAGUUCUUACCACACAAUUGAGAUAAAAUUUGUAUUAUCAGUCAAAAGGAACGUGUUUCUGUGUUUAGUUGCAGUUUAAGCAUGUAUCAUAGCUAAAUCAUUUUUCCAAAGUUUCUUUUCAAAUGACAUACAACCACAGUUAAACAAUUAAUGCAACUUUCAACCAGUAACAAUGCCUUUUGUACUCAGUUGUUAAACAUGCACUAUUAUGUUGCACAGGCUGCUGUUUUACCACAUGUUUGUAUGUACCUGUUCCUAAUCAAUCAUGUUUAUAAGCUGCACCCCCUAAUUUUUAUCUGCUUUUUUUGCACAAAAAAAGUAUGGCUUAUACUCAACAGAAUAUGGUAUAUAAUAUUUAAUAUAGGCAAAUUUUUAAUGUAACCUAAUUUGUUCAGUGUUGUUUCAUACAUACUGGAUUUUUUCUCUCAUGAGAUACAAAGGGUGUGUAUCAAAUUCUUGACGUUCAUAUAAAAUAACUAAUAUUAAGAGAAAUUUAUUCUUAGGUGUUAAAAGCUAACAUAUGUUUAUUAUAUCAUACUUGAUUUAUUAAUAUUUAUAUGUAAACUAAGCUAUUUUUUAUAAUAUGUAUAAAUUCAAAUGUUAUAGUAUUUAUGUAAAAAUAUUGAAACCAAUUUGUAAAUAUCACAUUAUAUGUGAAAAAUGUAUUUGUUCUUUCAAAAUGUAUGAUUACCUUACUCAGUAAAAUUACACAAUUAGGAAAAAAAA